ACCAUGUAGAGCAGAACCAUGGAGACAACUUCACUAUAAACAUCAAACCCAUCAUCAUCAUCACAACUGCACUCAGUUUCAGAGAAGACUUUAGGUAGCCUGCCUCCCUGCUCAUCCUCAGCCGUGGUGUUGACUCCGCCAGGGACGAGAGCAGCACGACAGGAGGGAUGGAUGGGUCCAGAAGUCCAGUGAAAUCAGUCAAACAGUCUCAGCCCCGAGGAGCCAAAGCGUCGCCCAACGAGAAGUCGAACAGAGAGGCUCUCGCUCAGAGAGAGGGCGCCAAGUCUGCCGGCAGCCGCAGCAAAGAAAACCCAACUGCCACUGCCGCUGCCGCCACCGCGAGGGAUGAGCACAACGUAGGCGUCCAUGGAAGUCGCGGGCCAGGCAAGACUUCCACAGACACCACCGACAAGAGGAGAGGGCGAUCCUCCCGGCUGACGAGACUAACUGGAAGAACUAGUUCUGGUGAGAGAGGCAAAGGAAAAGUGGCAGGCCCACAACAACAACAACAACAACAGCAGCAGCAGCUGGUGGCGCACGCUGCAGACGCACGCUCCAGACUCGAGACUCUUUCGGCGGACAGCAGCUCCUCGGCAAACAGAGAGACCAACUCUCCUGUGGUGCCUCGUACACCCGAGAGAGGCCACGCUGAGCCGGACAAGAGCUUCGCCGCUGCUGCUCCAGCAAAGGAAAAGUCUCAUGGGGUGAAACUUGCAGCACUGAUGCAUCAGUGUGUCGAGCGGAGGACAGAGGCGAGGCUCGUCCUGGAGGAAGGGCCGCUGUCCGAGCAGCAGCUGGGCCUCCGACAGGCAGAGGAGCGCCUCUACAGAGACUACAUCCACCGACUGCUGAAACAGUCCCCCGAGUACCCCAACUACCAAUACUUAUGCAAGCUCUGUUCUGUGCACAUUGAGAACAUCCAAGGAGCGCACAAACACAUCAAGGAGAAGAGACACAAGAAGAACAUAAUGGAAAAGCAGGAGGAGAACGAGCUGCGCGCCCUGCCGCCCCCCUCCCCCGCCCAGCUGAGGGCCGUGGACGCCUCGGUCAUGGAGACGGCCAGGGAGCACGGCAUCUCCGAGGAGGACUUUGAAAUCCGCAAGGCCAUGGUGAUCAGGAUGGAGGAGAUCAUAAAGAAGCACCUCUCAGCUUGCUCUCUCCGCCUCUACGGUUCCUGUCUCACAAGAUUUGCCUUCAAGACGAGUGACAUCAACAUCGACGUCACCUACCCUUCCACAAUGACACAACCUGAGGUCUUAAUUCAAGUGCUGGAAAUCCUCAAGAACAGCCCUGAAUUUUCGGAGGUUGAGUCGGACUUUCACGCCAAAGUUCCUGCCGUCUUCUGUCGGGAUGUUAGCAAUGGCCUGAUGUGCAAAGUGAGCGCUGGCAACGACGUCGCCUGUCUCACCACCAAUCACCUGGCAACCCUGGCUAAACUGGAACCCAGACUGGUCCCACUGGUGCUGGCUUUCCGCUACUGGGCGAGGCUGUGUCACAUCGACUGCCAGGCUGAAGGCGGCAUCCCCUCGUACUCCUUCGCCCUCAUGGUCAUCUUCUUCCUGCAGCAGAGGAAGCAGCCCAUCCUCCCCGUCUACCUGGGCAGCUGGAUCGAAGGCUUCGAAUUGAAACGCGUGGACGAGUACCACCUGACUGGAAUCUCCUUGGACAUGUUCGUCCGGUGGGAGCACAGAGCUCCGAGCUCCAACGAGGGGCGAGGGGACAACCGCAACGACGCCAGAGGGGAAGGAAGACCCAAACCGGAGCACAGGAAAAUGGACGAGGGUCACUAUUCGGAGGGAUUGAGCCGCCUCACCUUGGAUCUGGGUAAAGGUGUGCUGCUGGGUCAGCUGUGGUUGGAGCUCCUGCGUUUCUACACUCUGGAGUUUGCGCUGGAAGAGUUCAUCAUCAGCAUCCGCCUAAAGGAGCUCCUCACACGGGAGGCGAAGAACUGGCCCCGACGCAGGCUCGCUAUCGAAGAUCCUUUCGCCUUGAAGAGGAACGUGGCGCGAAGCUUGAACAGCCAAAUGGUGUUCGAGUACAUCCAGGAGCGUUUCCGCAGCGCCUACAAGUACUUCGCCUGCCCUCAGAGGAAAGGAGCGGCGGGGCGUCAGAGAGGCAGGAAGUCCGGCAAGCAAGGCGCCAAGAUGGACAGAGCAGAGAAGAAGGAGGCGGCGGCGGCGGCGGCGGCGGCGAGCGUGGAAGAGAGCGACGGUAAAGGCGAGAAAAGUCGGAGCGGGCUCAAGAGGUCGAAGGACGAGGAGGAAGAGGAGGAGAGAGAGAGCGAGGACGACGAUGGUUCGGAUCCGUCCAGAGAGAAGGAUGAAGAGAUGUUAGACGCCGGCCUCACGGACCUGAGCCUCAGCGAGAGGAGCAAACCGGCCACCGAGAGGCUGGCUUCCCUCUCCCCCAACGGCCUGCUGGACAGUGACAAGGAGGGGGAGGAGGAUGAUGAUGAGGAGGAGGAGGACGAAGAGGAGGAGGAAGAAGAAGAAGAGGAGAACAGUGUUUCAGAUAAAGAGGGGACGGUGGCGUCGGAGGAUCUGCACUAUGUGUUCGAUAAGAUGAUUUUCACCGGCGGGAAGCCGCCGACCGUCGUGUGCAGCAUCUGCAAACGAGACGGUCACCUGAAGGACGAGUGUCCCGAAGACUUCAAGAAGAUCGAGCUGAAGCCUCUGCCCCCGAUGAACGACCGCUUCAGAGACAUCCUGGACGGACUCUGCAAGCUGUGCUACUAUGAAUUGUCACCGACACACCCUGAGCAGCAGAAGCGGGAGCAGAUCCUCGCCAGUUUGGAGAGGUUCAUCAGGAAGGAGUACAACGAUAAAGCUCAGCUGUGCUUGUUCGGCUCCUCCAAGAACGGCUUCGGUUUCCGCGACAGUGACCUCGACAUCUGCAUGACUCUGGAGGGUCACGAGACCGCAGAGAAGCUGAACUGCAAGGAGAUCAUCGAAGGCCUCUCGAAAGUGCUAAAGAAGCACGCAGGUCUGAGGAACAUCUUGCCGAUCACAACAGCUAAAGUGCCUAUUGUGAAGUUUGAACACAGACAGAGCGGUUUAGAGGGAGACAUCAGCCUCUAUAACACCCUGGCGGCCGCCCUCGCUGGUGCCAGGUGGUCUUUGAAUGCGGAGAACCAGCUGACACUUGGCAAAGACUAA